UGUUCGACUGUUUGCGGUCUGCAGAGGCUGGAGGAGUAAAAUAAGAGAAGAAGAGGAGCAGGUGCUGAUGAUGAAGCAUGAAGCAUCGCUCCUCCUCCUCCUCCGCCUCCUCCUCUUCCUCUUCAUCCUCCUCCUGGCACCGUAAAUGUUAUUUAUGAAUGCCCGCCGCUCACGGGCGUGUGCGCGCAGGAUUUCCAUUAUUAUGCUGGAUAAUUAGGAGACAUCGCGCUGAGAUCAUAAUCGAGCUGCGGGUCGGUACCGGAGCCGAGCGACAUCAUCCGUGCUUUGAUUCAUUUCGGUGGGUUUGGUGCCGCUGCUCCUCGGUAAUACUGGGUCAAUACACCGAGCACCGGAACCGCCUCACUUCGACACCAGACCAGGUGUGUUCCCAGGGCAACAGGUGAAUUAUGAUGCCCUUGUAUUAGUGGGCGGGGCUGCAUGGGCCUGAGGGGGUAAGGAGGCGGAGUCUCUGCCUUAAGCCCCUCCCCUCUCCUUCCUGUCACGGACCAAAAAAAAAAAAAAUCGCAAAAAAACACGGCCAGAGCUCUCCCUUCCCUCUUCCUCCUCCCCCUCUCUCCUCCCUGUUCUUACCCCAUCCUGACCCCACGUCUUCCCCGCCACCAUCCCCUGUCUCCCCCCUCGGCCGCUGCCACCAUGCUGUGGUCUCGCUGCUGGUGGAGAGCCUGAGAGGAAACAGACUCUGGCAGGCGACCCUGCUCAGCCGGGGGACUACUACCUGUCCCUGCUGGACCCGAAAACCCUCCCAGAGUGCUGGCCCCCAGAUGGCUUGAUGCCUGAGAGCAGCUACUGGCAGCUCUGCCCUCCCUCUAAGACCAGCCUUCAGGGGGGGUUGCUGAGCUCUAGUUUCCCCCCCGGCCCUGUGCCCCUGGUGCCCCCCAAUGCCCACCUUCAGGAGGCCGGCGACCUCUUGCAGGGCGGUCCCUCUGACCCCCAGCGGCCCCUGGCACCCAGCACCUCGGCGUCAGAGCUGUCCCUGUCUGGGGCGGUGGCGCCGCCCCCCCCAGGGCCUGGACCACCCCCUCCUCCACCCCCGCCCCCCAAGCGCCACUGCCGCUCGCUGUCGGUGCCGGAGGACCUAUCGCGUUGCCGCUACACCUGGCGGCCCAGCGCUUCUCGAGUCUGGACUCCCGUCAGCCGCCAGCAAUGCCACGGUGGCACGGGCGGAGGCGUGGUGGGAGGGGGCGUGGCGGUGGCGGCAGGGGGCGUGGGCAUGGCGGGGGGCGGAGCCUGCCCGCUGCGCGCCCCCAGCUCCUCUCUGACCUCGUCGCUGCACUCCUCUUCCAGCCCCACCUUCUUCAGCCUGGCGCUGUCGCCGGACUCCCCAUUGCCAUGGAGCUUCCCCUGGGAUCCCAGUGAGGCGGCGGCAGGGGGUGGAGCCUGCUGCUGCUUUUUUCCCUCCCCGUCCUCCUGCUCGUCAUCGCCCUCUCCCCUUCACCCGCCUCCGCCCCCCCAGCGGCGCUUCUCACUCUCGCCAGUGCUCAUCAGAGACUCGGCCGCCUCCACCUUCCUUCCUCCGCCUCCGGUCCCCAGCCAGGCGGCACCGCCCCCGCCGGGCUACGCCGCCGCCGGAGCCGCCGCUGGGGGGCCGGUACCUCCUUCGCCCUCUUCCGCCUGCAGCACGCCGUCUUCUCUCCGCCGCAGUCUCCCGCCGCAGCUGCCGCGCUGCCACUCGCAGCCCUGCGACCUACUGCUACUGAAGCCGGGCUUGAAGCGGCGCCGCGACCCCGACCGACCCUGCGCCCGACCCGUCCUCGACUUCACCAAGAUGACGCAGACGCGCAGCAUCGACCCGCAGUGCCUGGAGCGCGGCGGCGGUAGGUUUGCCUGUGGCGGCGAUGUCUGCAUGGGCAUGGAGGCCUUCAUGGGCGACUUUCGGGGCUCCUGCUCGCCCGCUGAGUGCCUCGGCCGCACCAGUAUCGGGCCGCUGAGCGAGAGUGACGAGGAGUGCCGUGAGGACGAUGAGGACGAAGAGGAGGAGGCGGAGGAGCGAGAGGCGGCACAGCAGGCCGUAUUUGAGAGGGAUUGUACAGAACUGGACCUGAACUUGAUAGAAGAAAACUGACUUGUUGUAAAUGAAGGCUGUUUUCUGUUUCUGUUUCCUAUCUGAGUUUUAUUUUGAAAUGACCUUACCCAAGCCCUUCUUCCUGUCCCACCAUCUUCUCAACACUCGGCGAGUUCUCGCCACCAAUCAGCAGAGCUCUCAGGAACAACAUCUUCUCCCAUUGGACGAGCUGAUUAUUGGCAACAGUGAUGAUGUGGCGGCCGGCAGACCUGGACAGACUGGUCCGUUCCAGUUGGACCAGUACCAGCUGCGGUCCAGGUAACUUCCAACAUGUCUGACGAGGCGAACGCGGCGCUGCAGCGGCCGAUCCAGGCGGUCCUGAACCGCCACAGAAACGUAACCCAGAAUAAUCUUCACACCAAAGAUGAAAUGAAACAUAAAUACUCUCAUAGAUA